AUGCUCGGAGGGAGCUCCGAGACAGAUCCCUCUCCCGCGACUCCCAUAAUCCCCACAGGAGAAGCGUCCAUGCCUAUCGCGACGAGUCACCUCGACUCGAAUCCGGGAUCAUCGCUGCAGGACCAUGUCGCCCCGACCGAUGUCUCGACCCCGUCCAAACAAAUAGAUUCCUCCGAGGCCUCACAACUUCCCCAGGAUGCGUCGACCGCCGCCAACCGCGCCGAUCGGCUGCAUGUCCCUUCGCGGACGUCCCUGAGAGCCGCCCAGCAGAUCAACCCGGAAGAUGCCCCCGAUGCGACCAACAAUGAUUCCGAAAAGACCCUCCGGAGCACGAGACGAAGUAUACUGAAGGGUCGGAGGGACAGGAGCAAAGCGAGCAGUAUGAGGUCCCGACGGCAGCAUCAAGAGGCAGCAAGUGUGGAGGAGCCUAAAACCACCAGCCCCGACCUGCGUGACACGACCGGUUCGGAGAAGAAAGGCAAGGCGUCUUAUCGCUUCUUUGCCUUCUUGAGUUGUUGUUCGUCCACCGACGUCGAUCCCGAUGAUACGGCCAUUCCCGCGAAACGCACCGCCCCUCGGCCGUCCGCACCUAACACCCAGCCGACUCCUGAGAAGGCGGAGGUCCACGCCGGGGAUUCCAGUACCGCAGACUCGAAGGAUCAUCCCAAUGUCGAUGAGAAGGCCAACGCGACCGUCAUUCCGGAUCAAUCGCAAUCGCAAGUGGGCGAGGAGACUGCCGCGGGUCAGCUGGGGCCCAACACCCAACUGGACGGUCCCGCGUCGACUAUCGUCCAGCCGGACGAGGUUCCCCCAACGUCUUCCCAGAAGGACACGAGCCAUCUUCCCGAGCGAAAAGGGCAGCCGAGUGAGCCGGAACCCCAGGUGACGUCGGAGAAGUCUGAGGCUCUGGCUCAGAAACCCGCCGACCAAGCCACGGUGCCGUUGGAUGUCGCCCCUGAGCCAUCUCCCGAGACAAAUGGCGACAAUGUGCCUGCGGUGGCGGAGACGAGCCCCAAGGACGAGCUGAAAUAUUCUACUCACGAUGAAGAGGCGAACAAGGUGCCGACCACCUUGCCUCCUCCGCCCCCUGCUCCCGGAAAAGAAGUCCAGACGGGGCAGCCAGAAAGACAACAACAGUGGCUCUUGCCGCCACCCCUUCCUCACCUGCGAAACCGGAAAUGUCUGGUGCUUGACCUGGACGAGACCCUUGUUCACAGUAGCUUCAAGGUGUUGGAGCGCGCGGACUUUACGAUUCCGGUGGAAAUCGAAGGCCAGUAUCACAAUAUCUACGUCAUCAAACGACCGGGUGUCGACCAGUUCAUGAAGCGCGUGGGCGAACUGUAUGAAGUGGUCGUGUUUACGGCAUCUGUCUCCAAAUACGGUGAUCCCCUCUUGGACCAACUAGACAUCCAUAAUGUAGUCCAUCACCGGUUAUUCCGGGAUAGUUGUUACAAUCACCAGGGCAACUACGUCAAGGUCGGUUCAAAAACUCUGCACGAGGAAUACCGCGAGUGUCUGCUAACCGUGAUCCAGGACCUGUCCCAAGUCGGCCGCGACCUUCGUGACACCAUCAUAAUUGAUAAUUCCCCCACGUCUUAUAUAUUCCAUCCUCAACAUGCGAUACCCAUCAGCAGCUGGUUCUCUGACGCCCACGAUAACGAGCUUCUCGACCUGAUCCCUGUCCUCGAAGACCUUGCUGGUACACAAGUGAAAGACGUUAGUCUGGUUCUCGACAUUGCAUUGUAA